GAACGGUCGACACCACACGAGGCACCCAAGCCAAGCAGAAACCACCAGAAGAUGCAUUGCCGUGAGGAGAGCGCGCAGUUCUCCUCUCUUCAGUCUCGGCCUUCAACGAAUAACACAAGAUUACACAGUGACUGAUCUCGAAAUUGUCGACUGGUGGCACAGAUCACAGACCGCCACCGCUGAUCGCGAACUCUCUCCCCCCUCUCGACCCACGUUUUCCACGACCCUGCUAUCGUGAUCAACACCCAAAAUGUUCCCGCGCGUGGCCGGCCCACGCCGGCUCGCCGGGACGGCAUUUCUUGUCUUUCUCAUCUGGAGCCUCAUCCUGUGGCUCUUCCUGCCCUACGACAACCCGAUCCUCCUCUUCAUACAGUUCACCACCUCGCGGGUCCUCUCCAUCUUUCGCUCCUCGGUUGACGACGAGCGCCUCCUGCUCGAACUGCCCGGACGCUUCCCCUUCUCCGACGACGAGGUCGCGUACGUGGUCAAGACGGGCUAUGGCACACAGCAUCGCGUGCCGGCACUGCUGGAGGCGUCGAGGAGCAUCGGCACGGGAACCCUGUACGAGGAGGAUAAUAUCCUGAUCGUGGGGGAUUUUGCUGGGGAGCUGGACUUCCAGGGUCGGCCGGUUGUGGUCUAUGAUAUGGUGGCGGCGGUCAUGGAGGACGAGGCCGUCAUCAGGAUGGAGACCAAGAACACGGAGCGCAUGCAAAAGUACGCAAACAUGACCAGGGCUAUCCUGGACGGGGAGAAGGAGGAGGCAGAACGGUAUUCCAAGGCCGUGGGGUGGGAGCUGGAUGCUCUAAAGAAGUGGUACAUUGUUCAAGACGACGAUACGUUUAUGAUCCGGCCAUCGCUGUACCGCUUCCUCGAGCACCUGGACCCGUCGACCCAAGAGCUGUACCUAGGCAACGCCAUCGGCGACUACAAGGGCCGGUUCGCCCACGGCGGGUCGAGCUUUAUCCUGUCCAACAAGGCCAUGCGGCGGCUCCUGGACGACAACCCGCAGGUCGUGACCCAGGCCUACGUGGAGUCCCUGGACGAGACGUGGGGCGACAAGCUGGUGGCGACCACGCUCAUGAAGGUCGGCAUCUACCUGAGCGAGCGGUACGGGCACUUUUUCAACGGCGAGAGGCCCCUGAUCACCAAGAUCGCCGCGGACCGCAUGUGCUCCCCGCUCGUGUCGUUCCACGGCCUCGCGCAGCCGGAGCAGAUGAAGGACGUCGGCAGGACCUUUGCCGACCUCGACCAGCCCGUGUUCUGGCGGGACCUGUGGCGCAUCUACGGCCAGCCGAGCCUGGAGGUCUUUGAACAGCUGCCGAUUCGCAUGGGCCAGGACCACGUGGGCAGGCAGGACGACCCGGACAUGAAGCUGUCUGGGGUGCGGUCGGUGGACAAGUGUGCCACCGCGUGCGAGGGUCGCGGGCAGAAAUGUCUGGCCUGGACCUGGGACAAGCUCACCGAGGUGUGUUUGAUGAGCCCCUGGGUGAUUGUCGGCGAGAAGCCAAAGGACAAGUUCUCGGGGCUGAAUGUCAAGGAGGUGAGGAGGCUGGAGAGUCAGUGCGGGAAGGUGUCGUACUGAGAGGAAAUCCGGCUUGUUGGAAUAUGGACAUACUUUGUCCCAUGUUGUGUCUACAUGUGUAAAAGUUGCAUUUUCGGAGUUUAAGAGAGGCGAAACUAAAUUAAUGAUACCCCCCCCCCACCCCCCAACCCAGUCUACAGAAGAUUGGGACAGCAGAUACUGGGGGUUCCUUCUAAUUCCAUCCUUUAGAAUAAUGGUGCUAUUUAUUAUCUUGCACUGCGACUAAUUUUCAAACUCAUUAUCAUAUAU